AUGAGCUAUAACGGGCCGUCGCCUCUGAAUGCUAAGAAUCACGGAUGCGGGUAUCAAGGGGGACCUUGCAACUGCGCACAGUGUAUAACAUUCCCCCAUUUGCCUUACAAAUGCAUCCCGUUCCAACAACAGCUGUAUACCCAUCGGGUCCGGACAAAUAUACACCGCACCCCAACUAACUACAGAGAGCUUAUUAUGAAUACUAUUCCUUUGAAAGAGCCUCCCAGGACCCCAGUCGUGACCAGCUCCCUCACUGCUGAGGAAACCGGCCGCCUCCUCAGCUCUCACCGCCCUACAAUGAAACAAUCUCAAGGCAUUCCGGACACCCAAAGCCUCAAGGCACAGGAGUGGGGUACAGAGUCACAAAAGGCCCAAGGGCGGCCCCUGACACCGAAUGCAACAAUGCUACUGGACCAAGAUUCCGCGCCGAGCAGGACCGGUGAAAUAAAUAUAGGCACAGUGCUAAACCCCCUUGACUUCGAAUACAAGCCUCCAUGUUCGCGGACGUCCAAGCAGCGCUUGCCCCAACCACUAGCGGCAAAGACAGAAACACAGCCAAGGUCGAAUACUGGACUCUGCGUUCGGCAAGAAAUCGAGUAUCCCGCUGAAACAGAGGCGGUAAUACGAGAACACUGCACUACCAUGUUUGAUCCGUACUGCGCAACCCACGAUGGGAGAGACAGAAGCACAAGGAAGUUCGGACCUAACGCAACUAUACUCAAGUACCCUAGAUACCCCAAUCAUCCUGAAAAUGUCUUUAAGCCUGGCUACUCUGAGUGGCAUCAUGAAACUAUACAACCGAUAAAGCGAGAGCUCUUUGUGGAGCCGCCAAAACAAAGGCGGUGUCUCUCAGAGUGGGAGAAGCAGCAGAGGCGCGAACAAGAGGCAGAGGAGGCGCGCGUCAUGUUCAACAACUUUUCUAGCGGGAUAAACUCCUUCAAGGCAUCAGCACUCCCUAUGAGUCGCUGCCGAAUGGAUCUCAAUGACAUAGCCGGGCAAAGGGCAUCUCUGGAAUAUCUGCCAACUGUAUCCACUGCUUGCCGGUUUAUGGGGUGUCACGGACCUGCCGGAUGUUCAUGA